GACAGCCCGAUUAGACCACACCAUGGAGAAGACAGAUGCAAAUGGCCAGCCACCCAAACCCGAUGGGGAGAGGGAGCAGCCCCGCAGCCUCCCCUACUCCGUGGAGACACCAUAUGGCUUUCACUUGGACCUGGACUUCCUGAAGUACGUGGAUGACAUCGAGAAAGGGAACACCAUCAGAAGGGUUCACAUCCACCGGAAAGCCAAGCAGCCGAAAUUCAGCACCCUGCCCCGAAACUUCAGUCUGCCCGAGAACAGCUCCUGUGGAUGCACAUCUGCUCCCAGCAAGAGCUGGACGGCAACCUGCUCUUUCCCCCAGCGAAAGGCAUCGCUGGGGGCUGAGGAGACCCCUGGUCCCCUCCUGCACAAUGAGGCACCCCUUCCCAUGGCCGACGAGCCGAGUUACCGGAGAAAAGCCCUUUUGGCGGAGACGUGGCGGCAGGCGGAGCUGGGGCGGCAGGAAGGCGAGCUCAGGGGGCGGCCACAGCUGCUGCGAGCCUCCAGCCUCCUGCCCGAUGCGCUGCCGCCUGGCCAUCCCCCACUGGGGGAUGGGAGGGUGCCCUUGCCCCUCCAGCCACCUCCCCAGCCCUGCCAUGACCAGAGCGGCUCCGAAAGCACAUUUUGCCCCGUGCCGCGUUCGCCUGGCUCCGACGGUAUCGUGUUAAAUCUCCCCCGAGAGAUGAGCUUGGGGCAAGAUGUCUCCUUGGGGCAGAAGGAGCAUCCGGGUGGAGGCAGCCCAGGGCUGGUGCAGAUGCAGGCCCCGUGGCAGAGCCAGCAUCCCGCGGCGCCGCAGCUGCAGGUGGUGAUGGAGAGCAGAGGCGAGGAGGGCAAUGCCGCUGACACCAGCAGUUGCUCUGCCUCGGCCGGGGGUAUACCAGCCUCACUGGGUGCCCUCCAGCUCGCAGAGGAGAACCCUGGGGAAAGGGAGUUAAGUGUAAGUGCAAUCACUCCAAACGUGCUGAAGAAAGCUGAGGAGGGGAGUGUCCGGGCUGGAGAGAACAAGGAGAGCUGUGGUCCUCAGUCUCGUGAUGCAGGAGAGCCCGGCCGGGUUGCCGUGCUGAAGCAGCAGAUUGCUGCUCUGGAGGAGCAGCUGAGCAAGAAGAAGGAAGAGCUUGAGCAGAUCAGGGCAGUGCUGGAGCAGCAAGAUCAUGAGAUCAAGGAGAAGGAGAAAAGCAUUAAGUUACUGGCCAGCUCCAAAGCUCAGCUGGAAGAGAAGCUGUGCCGGGAAAACACCAAAGAGGCCAAGCUGCCGUCCAGGCAGAGCAGCGGGGCUUUGCAGUGCUACGAUGCUGCAGUGAACACUGACCUCUCGCAGGUAACCGGGGCCAAGCAAGCCCAUGAUAAAGGCAUCAAUGUAAAUAUCCCAGUGUCCACCAAAUCCAUAGGAUGCAGCGUCCACAGAGCAGACAACAUGAACGUGCAGGUGAUGGAGCUGGGUGCUCAGAGAGAUCAGGGACUGGCAGACUCUUGCACUGGUGUCAGUGGAGAGGGACCCCGACAUUUUGGUGACAUCGAGGCUGACCUUCAUGCACCGUGCUUCACCCAUUUGGAGCACGGCUACCCCGAGUUAGCGAGCGCUAUUAAACAGCCGGCCUCCAAGCUCAGCUCCAUUCAGAACCAAUUAGUUAAUUCCUUAAACUCAUUGCUGUCUGCCUACUCUAACCAAGGGCCCGUGGAUAAGGAGAAUUCGAACACACACUAUCAACAGUUGGAAAUCUCUCCAACCACAAGUCUUAAAUCUAUCAUGAAAAAGAAGGGUUAUGGUUUCCAUGCAGGAGGCAAUGGGACCAAAAAGAAUCUUCAGUUUGUUGGGGUAAAUGGUGGCUAUGAAACGACUUCAAGCGAAGACACAAGUUGCGAAGAUAGCCCAUCGGACGGGGAUGCGGAGAGCGAGACAGAGAGAAGAGCUGAUGAUUUGGAGCCCAUGCAGGCAAAAGCUGGACGUGAAAGCGAGGGGUCUUUGUCGGGGACCUCCUUGCAGGGGAGACGUGAGGACGAGGACCUGCAGGAGCCAUUGGCAGAAGCAGUGCCUUGCACUCAGCACAAGGCUGACAGGUACAAACCGUCUGAAGGUUUCCUUGAUGACUGCCAGCUACUCAGCAAGCACCUCUCAGAAAUCAGGACCACAAGCGACAAGCAUCUGCGGCAUGUCCUGAGCACCGUCUGCCAGGAGUGGUUCCGGGUGUCGAGCCACAAGUCUUCCAGCCCGGAGGCAGUCACAGCAUAUCUCAAGGCAUUGGGGGCCAUCCAGCCCCAGCUCCUAGCAAUGGUGGUGAACCUGGCCGACAGGAAUGGCAACACGGCUCUUCACUACAGUGUUUCCCACUCCAACUUCCCAAUUGCAAAGCUCCUGCUAGACACAGGCGUGUGCCGCCUGGACCUGCAGAACCACGCCGGCUACACGGCAGUGAUGCUCACCCCGCUGGCAGCUGCCGAGACGGGUGAGGACAUGGAUGUGGUGAUGAAGCUCCUGAAGGAGGGGGACGUCAACCUGCGAGCUGCCCAGGGAGGCCAGACCGCCCUGAUGCUGGGGGUCAGCCACGAGCGGGACGACAUGGUGCGAGCCCUCCUCUCCUGCCAGGCCGAUGUCAACCUGCAGGAUGAGGAGGGGACGACAGCCCUGAUGGUGGCCUGCCGGCAGGGCAACGCUGACAUUGUCAGGCUCCUCUUGGCCCAGCCCGGCUGCCAGGUUUCACUGACGGACAAGGGCGGUAACUCGGCCCUGUCACUGGCCCAGCACGCGGCCCGUGGGGACAUCGCAGCGCUCCUGCGAGCCCACGCUGAGCAGAGCCCGUCCCUCUCUGCGUGACCGAGUGGAAGAAGAAACCGGGACGCGGAGCAGGGAGCAAACAGCUCCUUCUUGUAACGGCCCCACUGCCUGCCUUGGCGGCUAGGGCCAAUAUCGCAGGUUUCCAUAUGUACAGGGGGAUGAACCCUGUCAGUUAUCUACAAACGUUCCCUGUGUCUAAUUCUCCUCAUUAAGCCUGCUUACACCCCCCUAAUCUAUGCACAUUGCCACACAUGACUCCAAGUUCUCCUAUACACUCCUCCCGUUAUAGAUUUGGCAGCGACUGAAAUGAAGGAGAAAAGCACAUUAGAAAAGCAAUACUUAGUCUUUUGUAACCUUACAUUAUGGUUGUCCUUUUAAUCGACUACUUAACUGUAUCUCAUUUAACUUGUAAGUUUGUGUCCUAAUAUUUAUUAUUAGCGCUUCUGUACGUAGUGGCAGGCAGUGAUUAUUCAGUAUAUGUAACAACAAACACAAGCUGGAUGGAUUAUGUAAAGUAUAAAAUCCUAUUUAUGUUUGCUUAUGUGGGUCUGAUGUAAGAAUUAAAAAUUAACGCUCUAGGAAAAUAUUUGAGUAUACUAGACCCAAACACACAGACAUUGUUUUGCCUGUAUUCGGAAUUACCAUAUGGCUCUUUUUUUUCCUAAUUAAGUUUGAGCUAACAGGGAAGCGUAGCCCAUUGACAUGCACCGUGCAUCAGCACAUGCGAUGCUCAGGCACAGCAGGGCAGAUCAGGUUAUCCUGAGCACGGCAUGAGAAGAUCACAACAGAUUCCCAUCCCAGGAUGCGUUAAUGUUGUCCAAGAGUUCCAUGGAGGGACUCUGCUGACAGAUGCCUUUUGGGCAAAAGUCUACUUUCUGCUUUCCCUCGUGCUCAAUGUUCAGAUGCCCAAACCACUCCAUGUAAAGCCAUGCUGUGAUUUAGCUGCUGGAGUCAGCUGGUGCCAGGGCCUCCCCCACCAUGGAUACCCACAGGGUCAGUCCAGCAUCACCUCAAAUCAUACAUAGGGCAGGGUUUUUUUCUUAAAUCCCUCUGCCGCUGACAAAGAGAGAGGCAGGGCUCAGACCCUACUUUUCCAAACAUCUUUACACUGUCAUUAAGUCGCUGUGUACUGGGAACUGCCAUUUCAUGAGGCUGUGCUGUAUCUCUGUAGGCUUUGGUGGCCCUGGAUGCCAUCACCAGUUGAGCUGGUGCGUAGUACACCACCGUAAACCCAGAGCUACUUGUCACCACUAAAAGCAAAUCUCCCUAGUUAGCUAAUUACUUUUCUUUUUUUGUUAAUAAGCAGAAGUUAAUCCUAGACUACUUUGGUUGCUUGUAAGUCAAUUCACAUCAUGAUGAAGUCUCUCUUGAGCUGCCUUUUCCCUUCCCUCGUAUGUGCAAUACGCAGCAAAGCCAUUGCCGAGUCCCUGUCCUCAUGCCGGUAAUGCUCCCACUGCCUUGCGGGGAGGGGAGGACAGACCCUGCCCUCUGUUUUCCAUUGAAAUUUGCCGUCUGCUUCGUUUCUUUCCUUUCUUCAUGUUUUCAGUCAGAAGCAUUCAUCAUCUCGAAUGUCUAUGUAUCUGCCUUUUUUUUUAACUCAAAAUGCAGUUACCUCCUUUAUGUAUAAAUAAACUCGAGUUAAACCU